GACCCUCAAACAUUGACAUCGACAAGAUUAAGGAAACAAAUGGCAACAAUGUCACAAGUUCUGAACUUGAAAGACAAUGAGGAGGACUGCCUCGCCGGUUUUAUGGGUCACAACAUCAGGGUCCAUCGACAAUAUUAUCGGCUCCCUGAAGGGACAUUACAAGUUGCCAAAGUUGCAAAGUUGCUUAUGGCCUGUGAGAGAGGCGAGCUAUCACAAUUUAAAGGCAUGACAUUGGACGAGAUCAGCAUUGAUCCAACUGAGGAAGUACCUGAAGACGGCUCUCUAUCUGGAAGUGAAGAUGAAGGUGUGAUGUCGAGUUUAUCCUCCAACUCAUCAGGUCUAAGACCAGUUGAGAGGACAACUACAGAGGAGGACCAGGAGUCUGAAUCACAGCUAACCAGAGGUAGAUCAAGGACCUGGACAAAGGACCAUGAGUCUGCCUCAUCACAUCCGAGAAAAGGUCUAAGACCAGUUGAGAGGACAACUACAGAGGAGGACCAGGAGUCUGAAUCACAGCUAACCAGAGGUAGAUCAAGGACCUGGACAAAGGACCAUGAGUCUGCCUCAUCACAUCCGAGAAAAGGAGGGUCAAGAUCUGUGAAAAAGAGGACACCUACAGAGGACCAGGAGUCUGAUACAUCACAGCCAGAAGAAAGAAAGAAAAACGAUUCAUCAAGAAAGAAGAGGAAGAUGUGGAGCAAAGAAGAAGUCCAAGCUGUGGAACAGGAGCUGAUGCACAGCAUUAAGACUGGCAAGGUUCCUGGUAAAGCACAGUGUCUUGAAUGUAUCCGUGCAUUUCCAGAGGCACUUAAAGGUAGGACCUGGGAUGCUGUCAAGUACUACGUGAAAAACAGAAUAGACGCUUGGAAGCGGCAGUCAAUGUCACACUAACUGCAAGUUGUUCUUGCUCUUUUGUGUUCGAAAGAGGCAGUUCUAACAGUGACCAUCGUUUGAUCUGAGUCAUAAUUUUUUAUUUAUUUUAAGAGGUACAAUUUGUAUCGGUUGUGCUAAAUUUAAAAAUGUUAUUACCAUGUUUGUGUACUAUAACCAUUUACUUGACUGUUUAUCUUGCAUGGGAAAGAGAAGAGUGGUUACAUCAAGAAGAGUUCUAUUAUGAUGUUUGAUCCUUGUACUACAAAAGAGAUAAACCUUGGUUAAACACACAACAACCUGUGUCUAGACAUCUUAUUUGGCAUCUCCCAUAUUGGCGUCUCAUAAUUGGUAAAAUAGUUAGGGUUGCUUACUAGCAUGCCACCAACAUGUGAUCAUUUUAUGAAUAGUUUCACUAUGAUCUCUGACCCUCAGAACAUGGGUCUAGACACCUUAUUUGUUAAGCUAUCUGCAAUAUUGGUUGAGAUAUAGUGAAAUUAGAUUUGUUUCGAUAAUGGCGGCACUUAUUUGCAUAGAAAUAUGUGGAACAUCCCGACAACUAUUUAACAUAGCUCAUCAUUUUCUACACUUUUUCCAAUCUAGAAACACUGAUUUAGAAGUAUAUUUCCGAGGGGUGCAUGAUACCCCUCUUCCUACUAGACUAUCAGUGUAAGGGUUAAUUCAUUAUUUUUAUAUUAAAGUUCCAUGCAGGCAAAAAUGCACUGCAACAGACAGAGUAGCAAGUAAAAAGAGUAAGCACUUGUUAUGCAGCUGUUGCCUGCUGUUUAAAAUAAAAUGUGACAGACAUUUCAUUACACAUUUGUCCCCCCCUAUUGGCGGCACCCGGUACCAACCCUCUUCUUAAGUCCCCAUCGUGUUGGUAAAUGUCCUAUGCAAUAAGUGAAAAAUUUGAAAUGUGAAAUCUUAACAUUUUAAGUGAUACAUGAAAAUCUAAAAUCAAAAA